AUGAGGUUGGUAUUAUUCUUUGUAUUUUGUAUCAAAAUUACGACUUCCUGUAUGUACUAAUGUCCAAUAAAUUGGCAUUUAUUGUUGAUCUAGUUGGUUUCAUUCUGGAAUAACCGGCCAUGACGCCGAAGCCUUGCUUUUAGACAGAGGUUUUGAUGGAAGCUUUCUGCUGCGGCAUAGUGUGAGUCGUCCUGGCGAGUUUACGUUCUCCGUAAGGUGAGUUGAUCUCUGUCGCUCUACAAGCACAACUCUGACAUUAAAUCGGUUAAAUAUAUAAAAAUAACAGGGAAGUAUUUUAAAGUUUUGUUAGUUAUAAUUGGAUGUAUUGUUUAUGCCAGCUUACACUGUAUAUUGUGACAGAACCAAAAAGAUCCUCGUUCCCAACGCUUCUCGGCGUGAGAGUGUUCUCUGCAUGCGGACUGCACUAAAUUACUGACUCGAAUUACUUUUUCCAAAAAGUGGAAGGCUUGAACUGUUGCAAUUUAUAAUUAAUUUUGACUAAUUAUGUUGACAUCCUUAACUGCUUUGACGGCUCUUGAUCUUUGAAUUUAACAACACGAAUAAUGAAUUUGGAGAUGUAUAUCAAUGCAAAUAAAACUUGUUAAGGUUCGGUCACACGAGCCGACAAGUUGCAGAUACUGGUCGCUGGGAGUUCCGGCCGGGACAGAUUUCAUCGUGUGAUAUAUGUAAAAAUCUUGUCGCGAUGACUGUUUUUUGUCCCUGCGACAGGUCGCAUGAUUUAACAGAACGCUAUAAAGCAAUAAAAAGUAUAAUGGGCUUGUUGUUUUAUAACUAUAUAGAAUGUUUAACUAUUCCUGUGCCUUAUGACACGCAGAAAUCGAACGAAAAUUAUGCCAAGAACUGUCGGUCUUGCCGUUUGCAAGUUCCCGCCAACGUGAAGCUUAAACUCCCUAAUAAUAACGCCUGAAAUUUGGGAACAUUGAAUAAUUAGUCCAUACUAAAUUGUUUUUUGGGCGGAAGAGAUCCCAAAUUUUACCGAGUAUUUGUGUUAUUUUCUUAUAGACACGGUGAAGAAAUCUUUCACCUGAUAAUCGAAAAUACUGGCGACUAUUACGAACUUUGUGCUGGACAAAAAUUCGCUAAGAUAAACGAAUUGGUCCAAUGGUAUUCUGAGAACACAGCCCAAUUUACGAUCAAAGGAACUAAGGAUGUUCUAAUUUUGAAAUAUCCUUUGAAUUCUGCAGCUCCAACAACUGAAAGGUUUGCGAAAUGCUUUCAUCACUUUUAUUGUUAGACAUGCAGUAUAGCCACCAGCAUAUAGCAAAAUUAGUUCAAAACCAAUCUGCGUUUAAUUCUUAUUUAUCAUUUAUUUCAUUUUAAAGACAUACUAAAAUAUCCAUUUUCUAUUAUUCUCAAUUGUUUUUUUGUAUUUGACUCAAGACCAGAUAUCAUGAAUAAUAACAACAUAAUACAUUUCUAUACUAUAGCGCUAUUUCCAAUAGCUCGAUAGCGGUGUACAGUUCUACUUAAUUAACAACUAUUAGAAAUUAAAUUGUUACAACAAAUGCAAAAAUUGCAAGUUAAUAUAUUACAGGAAGAUAAAUAGUAUAUACAAUAAAAUUAAUAACAUUUACAAAUCUAUAUAAAUUAACAUCACAUACGAUAUUAAUCAUCUGAUGUGGCCGUUAGGUCACAUCGCUUUCCGUCCAGCAAUUAAUGUUGCUAGAUAUUACCAUAUUAAAUUAUAUUUGCCCGCUGUCGCCGAUAGAGAUGGAAUCGGUAGCUAGUUAAGAUGCGCCUGACUAAGCAGGAAACAUCACCAAGGAUAAUGAUUCCUAGAAUCCUUAGUCAACCAAUGGUACCUCCUCCAAAAUUACCUCCAACCAGUUAUAAGGGUUGGAGAAAGGUAACCAUUGGUGAUACCUUGCCCAAUAACAACCUCCAAUCCCUUAUAAAUCCGCCAUCGCACGAGAAAGAAUAUCGGGUAAAAUGCGAAUAUCAUGGCGAUAUAUACGCAUCGCUUUCCCAAGAGCGGGGAUGA